AUGGUGAAUCAAAGCAGUAACAUCACCAACUAUCCACCUUCAGGUUAUGAGAAUAUCAUUGUUGAAGCCGUGGAGGAAACUGAGACUCCAGUUGCUAUUGAAACCGAGCAAAGAACAGAAGAGACAGUCCCAGAAGAAGCUGAUGCAAUGAAAAUAGAGGAUGCUCCAGUAGUUGAGAAUCGAUCUGAAUCAGGUGAAAAUCGAUCUAAUUCAGGUGUUGAUGCUGCUACUUGUGAUGGAUUUGCUGGAAGCAUAAGAGGUGCUGCCGGAACUGAUGACGAGAUCGGUGGAGGUGGUGGCGGAGGUGUGAAUGGGGAAAAACGGAUCGCCGACGAGUUCCUUGCCAUUCAUGUAUUCAUGAAUGACAUAGUGAAGAAUACCUGUGGUAAGCCUUCUGCUGCAACUUUAGCAAGACAUCCAUUGUUAAGGGAUCCUUCCUUGCCCAAACGAAAAUCUCCUAACACGGACACGGACAGUCCCCAAAAGAAGGAGCGAAGGUCGAAAGAUUGCGCGGGUGGUUUUCAAUCAGAUUCAACGGCCCUUGUGACUUUCAGUUCUUCCAACGUUCGGGGCAUGAACGCCUUUUCCCAGCUUGCACGUAGUAAGAAAGAGGCGUCUCUCGCAGCAGAGGGUGGAAAUGCUCAGCCUCGGAGAACAGCGGCUCUCGCGGCAGAGGGUGACAAUGCCGAGCCUUCUUGCGGUGAAGAAGAUCUCGAAAAGGAGGAAAUCUCGGAAUCUAGAGAUUCUGAAAAUAGCUCUUCCAACAGCAGCACUGAGUCUUCUUCUAGUCAGUCUGAAAGUGAAUCCGAGAGUCAUGGAGUUGUGAAUGUUGUGUUGUCAGUAGAAAGCAUGGGGUGA